CUGAAAACAAGUUGUCCCACCUAGAUAGGAAAGUUGCGGGUUUGGUUCGGAUCAUGUUAGUGACACACGGCCACUCGAUUGGGUAUCCCGCCGCCGACAGAGCAAAAACGGCCACUCUCCGCCGUACGAUCCAGACCCUGCUUCUUCCCGUAGCGUCCAUCUCGUUAGCAAAGUCUGGGCCGGAAUAACCUCAUCACCUACGCUCUACAUCCCCGUCCUAGCCCACAAUGGCUGACCUCGGGGCCGACCCCAAUGCCGCAUACGGCGCAGUCUACUCGCCGUCCUUCCUCAGUCUGUUCUACGACAAGUAUGUCUUGGGCUUCAACAUGAAGUACAUCUGGAAGUGCUCGACAGAUGACGUCCUCCUCCCCUUCUUCGCCGAGAACUUCUCCCGCAACCACCUCGACUGCGGCGUCGCCACGGGCUGGUUCCCUGCUGCGGCGCUGGCGAGGCCGUUCCGCGCGAACAGCAAGCAGCGCCUCGGGCUGCUGGACCUGACGGCGCCCCCUCUCAAGGCCGCGACGGCCCGCAUCCUGUCAGUGGCCACGAACACGGAGAUCCUCUGCGUCGAGGCCGACGUCACGGAGCCGCCGCCGAAGCAGCUGCUGGGCGAGCGCUUCGAUUCCAUAUCCAUGUUCAACCUCUUCCACUGCAUGCCCGGCGGCAAGGCGAAGCUGCGCGCCAUCGGCUCCUACAAGGAGCUUCUGAGCGAGGACGGCGUCCUGACGGGCUGCACCGUGCUGGGCCCCAACGAGUCGACCGGCUGGCUCACCAAGCUCCAGCUCCGGUGGUAUAACAGGUGGUGGGGGGUCUUUAACAACUGGGACGACAAUAAGGAGGACAUUCAAGACGUCCUCGAGCACGAGUUCGAGGAGGUGGAGACUUGGGUCAUUGGCCAGACUAUGCUUUUCCGCGCCAAAAAGCCAAGGAAACCCUUGCUGGACGUUUGAGUGUUGUGGUCCCAACGGAAGGAAACUAAUCAACUAGCAUGACCAACGACGUUAUGACCAUCACGUGUAAUAAAACGAAAUCAUUC